AUGAAGGGACCUGCCCAAGCGACGUCUCCCAACACAGUCCAGGAUAGGAGGCUCCUAAUCACGGUCCCACCCUGGAGCAUCGAUCAUCGUAAAACAUCUGUAUCCCUGCAAGAAACAACUCGACGUCCCGCUCAUAGACACGCGAAAAUGGGCGACAUAUUUCUCAAGUCCGACAUCGUUAUCCUCAUGACGGGUUUGACUGGGGCAGGACGGAGCACGUUUAUCAAUGCUCUUCUCUCAAACCAUCGUAUGCGCGUUGGAGACACCACAGCUAGCUGCACGAAGGAAGUGGAAUACGCCAUAAUCCCUCAGCCUCACAAAGACUACCGUUUGAUCGUUGUGGACACGCCCGGCUUUGACCAAGACGGAAAACCAGACUCAGAGGUGUUGAAGCAAAUUUCUACCUGGCUUCAUAAGUCUUUUCCCGAAGGCAUUGCCCGUGGAGGUGUCAUCUAUCUCCACGACAUCUCAAGUGAUCGAAAUUCCGGGAUGACGAAUGCCCUUUUUAUUCUCCGUCAGUCAUUUUCCCAAGUUCAGCAAAUGCUCUGUCGAAGAGUUGCGCUUGCGACCACCAAGUGGGACAAAAUCGAUGCUGCCACAGGCAGCGCUCAUCAGGAAGAGCUCGUAUCGCAACACUGGCGGCGGUUAAUCUCUGCAGGCUCGCAAGUGUUUCGAAUUCGUAGCAGAGAAGACUCUCAAAGGAUUAUCGAGAGCUUCCUCCGGACCCUGGAGAACGAAUCCAAACUCGACAUUGAGAAGGAGUUGGCUGAUCUGCGGAAAGCUCGCUCCGGUCAGAAGGGGAGCAAAGAGGAAGCGACCGCAGGGGGUAUAUUUCAUCUGGCACGAAUUAUGGAGAUUUUUAGUCGCCGAUGGUUGAAAUAG